UAGCGGUCUGGCUACUAGCAAAGCAACGCUCACGUACAAAACGAAGAAAUAUCAAAUAUCCAAAUUACGGUUACUUUUCCUCCACUGCUUUAACGAACAAGGUAUGCCCAACUGAUCUUCUCUCUGUCUCUCUGGUACUGCAAAUUGCAUCAUAUUGAGACCCAACUCCAUUUUGCUUUAAAUUCCACUCAUUUUUGCUGAAUUUGUAUUUCAGUUCAUCGAAUUACACAAUGAACUGACGAGAAAAAAGUUUCUUAGGAGGGGAGGGCCUUGGUAAUCCAUGGCCUCUUUGAAGUUAUCCAUUUCUUUGGACGCAUAUGAACCCACGAAGCUUAGUUUCUGUGUUGAUUCUUCACAAUUGUCGAAUCAGUGUUCUAUUUCCUGGUUUGCUGGUCAUGUACAAAUAGUUGGUUCCUGUGUAAUCAACCCUUUUUGUAAAUUCAAGCGCAUUAGGGUUUCUCGGGUACAUACCCAAUUAUCAGAUGUCUCUGAAUCGAAUCAUGUUGAUAAUUUGCUUAACGAUGUGAGUAAAGAUUCUGUUUGCGAGAGUUUGGUUCCUCGAAACCCGAGUUUUCAUGGAGGAUUUCAAAAGGGUAAGAGAAAUAUUUGGAAGAGGUUUCAGGGUUUAAUGAAAGUAAACAAAGGGGCAAAAAGGAGUGAUUAUAAACUUGAAAAAGAAGAAGAACCCAAUUUGGGGACUGGGGGAGAUUUUGUGGGUUCUGUAUUGGAUUGUGAAAAUGUAGUGGAGUUUGAUCUUAGUGCUAUUGAGCCUCACUUGAGCUUGGAUCGUUGCAAUGUUAUCUUGAAACAGCUUGAGAGGGGUAGUGAUAGCAAAGCUUUAACAUUUUUUGAAUGGAUGAGAAGAAAUGGAAAGUUGAAGCAAAAUGCAACUGCUUAUAACUUGAUUCUCAGAGUCUUGGGUAGAAGAGAGGAUUGGCAUAUGGCACAAAUGAUGAUUUGCGAGAUGAAGAUUGAGUCGGGUUGUGAACUUAAUUUUCGGGUUUUUAAUACGCUUAUUUAUGCUUGUCAUAAGCGGGGACUUUGGAAGUUGGGUACAAAGUGGUUUCGUAUGAUGUUGGAAAAUGGCAUUCAGCCUAACGUUGCUACCUUUGGAAUGCUCAUGAUUCUUUAUCAAAAAGGAGGGAUUGUUGAAGAGGCAGAGUUCACGUUUUCCAUAAUGAGGAAUCUUAAAGUUACAUGCCAAUCUGCAUACUCGGCAAUGAUUACCAUAUAUACGCGUCUUGGCUUGUAUGAUAAAGCAGAACAGAUUAUUGGUUUCUUGAGGGAAGACGAUGUAAUUUUGAACAUGGAGAACUGGCUUGUUUUGCUUAAUGCUUACAGUCAGCAAGGCAAGUUACAUGAGGCUGAGCAGGUUUUGGUCUCAAUGCAUGAAGCUGGGUUUUCCCCCAAUAUAGUUGCAUUCAACACAAUGAUCACUGGGUAUGGGAGAUUAUUCAACAUGGAUGCUGCACAAUGCCUAUUCCAGAACCUUGAACAAGUUGGAUUAGAGCCUGAUGAAACCACUUAUAGGUCUAUGAUUGAAGGUUGGGGUCGAGUGGACAAUUAUAACAAGGCAUACUGGUGCUAUAAUGAACUCAAACGUCGGGGAUUCAGGCCUAACUCGUCAAACUUGUACACUAUGAUAAAUUUGCAAGCCAAGCAUGAGGAUGAAGAGGGUGCCAUCAGAACUCUUAAUGACAUUAUAGAAAUGGAUUGCCAACAUUCCUCUGUCCUCGGUAUUCUUUUGCAAGCAUAUGAGAGGGCUGGAAGGUUUGGUCAAGUGCCUUUUGUUUUGAAAGGUUCUUUAUAUGAACACGUUCUCAGUAAUCAGACAUCUUGCUCAAUUCUGGCAAUAGCUUAUGUUAAACACUUUUUGGUGGAUGAUGCAUUAAAAGUUCUUCAGGAGAAACAGUGGGAGGACCAAAUCUUUGAGGAUAACUUAUACCAUUUGUUGAUUUGUUCAUGCAAGGAUUUGGGUAAUCCUGAGAAUGCAGUAAAGAUAUAUGCCCAUAUGCCAAAAUCUGACAAGCCGAAUCUGCACAUCAGUUGUACGAUGGUCGACAUAUACAGUGUCAUGAAUCUGUUCACUGAAGCAGAAAAUAUAUAUCUGAAUUUAAAGUCUUCAGGGAUUUCCCUGGAUAUUAUAGCUUUUAGUGUUGUAGUACGGAUGUAUAUCAAAGCUGGGUCUUUGAAAGAUGCCUGCUCAGUUCUAGACACAAUGGACAAACAAAAGAACAUUAUUCCAGACAUUUAUUUGCUCCGGGAUAUGCUCCGUGUGUAUCAACGCUGCAGCAUGGUUGAUAAAUUGUCAGUUCUGUACUACAAAAUCUUGAAGAGUGGAAUUACCUGGGAUCAGGAAAUGUACAACUGUGUCAUAAACUGCUGUGCUCGUGCAUUGCCAGUUGAUGAGCUUUCCAGGAUUUUUGAUGAAAUGCUUCGGCUUGGGUUUGCACCUAAUACUAUUACUUUUAAUGUUAUGCUUGAUGUUUAUGGAAAAUCCGGGCUUUUCAAGAAGGCUAGGAGGGUGUUUUGGAUAGCUAGAAAACGAGGCCUGGUUGACGUCAUUUCUUACAAUACUAUCGUAGCUGCAUAUGGGCAAAGUAAAGACCUCAAGAAUAUGUCAUCAACUGUUAGGAAAAUGCAAUUUAAUGGCUUUUUGAUUUCUCUUGAAGCCUACAACUGUAUGUUGGAUGCCUAUGGGAAAGAAGGUCAGAUGGAGAAAUUUAAAAGUGUUUUGCAGAGAAUGAGAGAAUCAAGUUGUGCUUCUGACCAUUAUACCUACAACAUUAUGAUCAAUAUAUAUGGAGAACAGGGAUGGAUUGAAGAAGUUGCCAAUGUUCUAACGGAAUUGAAAGAAUCUGGAGUGGGACCUGAUUUGUACAGCUAUAACACAUUGAUAAAGGCAUAUGGCAUUGCUGGAAUGAUUGAAGAUGCCGUUGCUUUGAUUAAAGAAAUGAGAAAAAAUGGCAUAGAACCUGAUCGAAUCAGCUAUAUUAACUUGGUCACAGCACUGCGAAAGAAUGAUAAGUUCUUAGAGGCUGUUAAGUGGUCCUUGUGGAUGAAGCAGAUGGAGCUAUGAAGCUAAUGCAUAUGAUUUUUGCAGCGCCUUGCUUCUUUUCAUCUCCACAUCCUGCUCUUAUUUCUGCAAUCUUGAUGCAAUGGCUUUGCACGCUUUUGCUAUAUACAACAUUUUGGUUGAAUGCUUAAAUAUAUCGGCUAUGAUAAUGAAAAUGGCAGCUUGUAUUGUACCAGGUUCUAUCAGACACAAAGAACUUGUCAGUUGUGAACAACCUGACCACCAGUUUUGUCUCAUCUAAUCCACAAUAAUUCCUUGUGCAUUGAUGUUCUACAAUAAUAUUUGCUGCAGCAGUUGAUCAGAUUCUCUUCAUUUUCCUUCAGGUAGGUAAGGAAAGUUGUUGAUGCUUGCUUUGUAACUGAGGAUAAUCACAUGGGCUUAUAGUUAGUUUUCUUCUCUUAUUAUAUCAGGAUGAUGGCUUGUGCCUUGUAUUGUAUUAGUACCAGCUUUUAUGUUCUAUUUUUUCGUUCUAUGUAUGACCAGUAAACAUAGCCAAGUGUUUGGCUGUGGUUCUGUUUGCUUUCCAUUUUUGAGUAUAUAAUGAAGAGUGCUGGUGUAGUCAAUUUUAUGGAAUAUAUAACCUCUUAUUAUGUGUAUGUUAAAAUGUGCUGUGCUACAUGUGCAGAAAAGAGCGGCCUACAGUUCAUCUUCUAGUACGUAGAAAAUAUCAUAAAACAAAAAAUCUAGAGAGAUAAUAAAAAGUGAGAUGUAUUAGAAUCAAACAACUAAAUUUCAUUUUGCAAUGGUUGAAACAAUGGAAACUUUUCAUCAGUGAGUAUCCAAUUCUUACAUUUCAAGGUGUUUCAUUUUGUUUUGAUGUGUUUCGGUAUGUCUCAAUCAAUGUUUUGGAAUGUUUUGCCAAAAAGUUUACUUUGUUAACUAAACUACAAAGUGCAGAACAGGGGGCCUGUGCAUCUUUUGGGGGGAAAUGAUGAAUGAUAUUUGGAUUGGAGAAGAAAACUAUCUGCAAAGGAAGUGGAAGUUAGCGAAGUAUUGGGGGGAUUGGGGGGGUGACUGGAAGGCUAGGCAGUCUUGAGGGCUUAUUUUGUGUUGACUCUGGACAGGGCCGGCCCAACAGUAUUGAAAAAAAAGCAUGGGCUUUAGGCUCUAAAUUUUUAGAAGACUGCAUAAUUUUAGGUACAUCACUAGCCCACAAAAAAAAUUAAAUCCAUUAAAUUUUAAGUUCUACAAAAAAGCCCCAAAAAAAUUUUAUUGCAAUAAUUUGGGUCUAUAAU